CCAAACACCACAGCAGCGGAGCUCCAUCCUGUGACCAUCCUGAUUCUUCCUCUGUAAAUCUCUUUAACAUCAUCAUUAUCCUCAUCAUCAUCACAGGAUUACACUUUCUUCAUCAUCUCCUCGAGAGUUCUGUGAAGCGCAGCGCUUUAACUUCACAUGCUGAAAAGUUUGCGGUGUUUUAUUUCAAGGCAUCGAAGGAACCUGGACCAAGAGAAGAGAAAUCAUUUGUGCAGUGGAUGAACCUAUGACAGCGGAAUAAAGAGAUUUAGAGAGAUGAAAAGGUUUUGCGGAGUCCAUCGACACCAGCUCAUCCUGCUAUUGGCCGUGGUCGCGGUGACGGCCAUGGAUUCAUCACACAACCUGGCCAGCGAGAGGAGUUCCAUAGAGAGCACGUACGAACUGACAAAGUACCUGGAGUAUCAGCUGAAAGAAAUCAAAGACGUAUAUCUCACCUACCUUGGUCCUCCAUUUAACGAGAAAGACUUCUCUCCUCCACGACCCAACAGCACAGCUCUGACGCUGCCCAGUGCUGCAACCCGCCUGGAGCUGUGGCACGGGCUGGAGAACCAAGCCCGGCUUGCCCAGAACCAGAAGGCGUACUCUGUGCUGCUGGCUGCGGUCAGAGAGCUCGCCCGGUCCACUCUCUGCCCCUCGCUCAAGAUCUCCCUGCUGCAUUUCUGCACAGGUCUGGACGGACUGCUGGGCUCAAUAUCUGCGCUGAUGACCACACUCAGUUACACACUUCCUCCUGCAUCUGCAAACAUGAGAAGUAACAGUGGUGAGCUGCAGUACCCACGGACAGAGACAGACGGUGACCAACCUGCUCCAAUGAUGAGCCAGAGCCUGUACAGGUCCAGAGCCGGGACCAGGACUGAGUCUGGUCAGCGUAACAACCAGAAACGAGGUGGGACGAGAGUGGUCAGAGGAGAGCAGGAGGACGGCGUCAAUGUGGACCAAGUGGAAAGAAGAAGAGGGAAAGAGGGGAGGAGAGCAGAGGCGACCACAGCUGGAGGAAGGAGUGGUGGAUCAAGGGAGAGAGGAAGAGGAGAAAGAGGGAGGAGAGGAAAGAGGGAAGAGCCUGAGAACAGAAAAUGGGCUGCCGUCGAAGAAGAGGCCGCUGGAGAGGAGAGGGAUGAGGAUCAGGAUCGAGACGUAUGGGCAAGGAGGAGAAGAUUGUUGAGUAUCAGCGAGGAUGGAGUGAGGAAGGAGACACAGCCUGAACCUUGGGUCAGAGUGUCGUACCUGAGUGCACAGAGAUCCAGCUCCCACCAACAACCGAUCAUCGACAUGGACGACAACAACCAGUACAGCUACAACCUGAACUCUCACCUGUCAGACACUCUCAGAGAGGAAGAUGGAUUUAUUGCAGAGAAAGGUUUAAUGGUGCUGGAGGAAAAGCAAACAGACGUGCAAGUUACCACCUCUUCUUCCUCCUCUGCUUUCUUUCAUCAGCGCCGGCCUCCUCGCUCCCUCCUCUCCCCCACCCUCCCACCCCCUCUAUCCACCCUCUCCCUCCUCUACCAGUUUGGAGGAGGUGAGAAGCACACCCUCCUCCCCCAGCCUGUCCCCCUGUCUUUACAAAGGGGCACAUCCCUUCUUUCUCCUCCUCUGACUCCACUUCUCUCCUCCUCCACCUCCUCCUCCUCCUCCUUGUCCUCUUCAUCGUCCUCGCUGCUGUCAGUGCGGCCAACGAUGAACGACUUUGCCAGGAAGGUGGAGGGUUUCUGGAUAUUGCGGGAGCUGCAGAUUUGGUUGUGGCGAUCGGCAAAGGACUUUAACCGCCUCAAGAAGAGAUUCCGAGGCUGAGACACGGAAGCGACAUCCACACGAGUCCAUUUUUGUUGAAAAACGCAUUCAUUCUGCUCCAGAUACGCCUGCUGUUCACUCUGUCCUAGUGUUUAUGAACCCUGGAAACGAGGACGUUUGAAAUGCUGCUGGUUUUGUUUUGGUUUGAGAACUGUGGGCCCGUGUUUUAGGCGAGCAGAGACUGCCACCUUAACUUCCUACAUAGUUCUUUCUGGCCACAACUCAACUCUUACUUUUCACCAUUGUUGUUUCUUGUUAGUAGUAUUUUCUAAAACAACAUCUUUGAGUGUGUUAAUAUAGACACAGGUUACUGACACUAACAUAUGAAUGUGCAGUUUAUAAACAGUCAAAAGCACAUAUUCAUACUUACCACAUUCAUUUACACUGUACGGGAAUAACUGAAUGAAGUACGAUGAAGUAAUAGGCUAUAACACACACAAAGCCAGCACAUUACCAGUGCUGUAACCCUCAUUGAACGAGAUGCACUGAGACUGGGCCGAGUUACCGGACUUCACGGCUCAUAGAUCAACAGAAAUACCACUGUAGGUGGUUAGGCACACUCAUGAGGGUCCACUUAGUGACAGGCAGCAAGAGAGACAGGGCAGCCAUUGAGUGAAAACUGAUUCAGUGACCCCAGAUGAGUGAAUCAGCAAACGUUCAUUUUCUCUAAAGGCAGAAGGGAAAAUUUCUGAAUGGGUGAAAGACAAAGGGGAGAAAGACGGGAGGAAAUGACCAGUGGCAUGACGAAGGGCACAGAGGAGGAGGUUUUGCUGAGCAAUGGCGAGAUGGCUGGUCAGUUACAGUAACUCUACAACAGCACUACACAAACUGUACCAUCUUCAUGACACACACACACACUUUUAAUACUGUGGUAUUUGGUGCCUUAAACUAUAAUUCACUUGCUGCCUUUGUGUCAGUGCAUACAGUUUUAAUGAAAUAACAAUAUAGCAGGAACAACAACACAGACACUUUAUUCUGAAAUUCUGUCAAACAAUGAUCAUUACCAAUAUUUCUAGUGUGGUUUUCUUUGACCAGACUGGAUGCUCAGUGGCCCCCCCAAGGUCAUUUGAGUUUGAGACUCCUGCUGUAAACCUUUUUGUGGUAUGUUUUAUUUAGCAAAGGCAAAGUAUACAAUAUAAUAUAGCAUAAUAUAAUACAAAUAUGGUGCCACACACUUACAGUAGCACUAUGGAACAUAACUAAAGAACCACUGUUUGGUGCUGACGUGGUGCCAUCAAUGAGUGAAACCUGAUGCUGAAUCAUAAAUCAAAACCUACACUGUGGGUAUCUAUGUCAGCUCCUCCCUGUCACUGGUCGUAAAUCUGACUUCAGGCUUUGUGCUAAGCUAAGCUCACCUGCUUUGAGCGUGGUGUCAACCUUCUUGUGACUCAUCCAGCUCUCGACAAGAAAGCAAGAUUUCCCAAAACAUCAAACCGUUCCUCUCAGCUGCUUUGCACUCCUUGACAUAACAGAAUUAGACACGUAGAUUUGGAUUCUUUCAUUCCUUUUUUGCGAUUUACUGAUUUGCUUUGAUUUGUUUUUCAGAUUAAUCUAUUGCCAUGUCUUUGCUAUGUGCCUUGGAUGGCGUGGCUAAAGAUUACGGAUCAUAUCUCUAUAAUAUUUAUUGAACAAGAUGUUUAUUUAUUUUUCUCCAGUGUGUAAAUACUGUACUGUUACUCAAGAGAGAAUAAAUAGUCGCUUUUG